UUGUAAAUGUGUAACAACAAAUCUCUAUACUGAGAUCUCACUUCAAAUCUCGCGAGAUCUCGUUUACUGCUGAGUUGUCCGCCCGCCCCUCCGGAACAUACCGUGAGACGUUUAGUAGAGGACUCCUCGGCUCAGCCCUCCUUUAUAAUCUAUCCCUGCUGGACAAGUGAAACUCCACAGAAAGGCAUCUGUAAUCACGAUUGUAGCCAUACACUGAAGUUUAAGAACUUCAUCUGAAUCAUGGGGAACAUUUUCGGGAAUUUGCUGAAGAGCCUCAUAGGGAAGAAGGAGAUGAGGAUCUUGAUGGUGGGACUCGAUGCUGCGGGAAAAACAACAAUCCUCUACAAGCUCAAACUGGGGGAAAUAGUCACCACCAUCCCGACCAUUGGGUUUAACGUGGAGACGGUGGAGUACAAGAACAUCAGCUUCACUGUGUGGGACGUGGGCGGGCAGGACAAGAUCCGCCCCCUCUGGAGACACUACUUUCAGAACACACAGGGUCUAAUCUUCGUGGUGGACAGUAACGACAGAGAGCGCGUGAACGAAGCACGAGAGGAGCUGAUGAGGAUGCUGGCUGAGGACGAACUGAGAGAUGCAGUCCUCCUUGUGUUUGCCAACAAACAGGAUUUACCGAACGCCAUGAAUGCCGCCGAGAUCACAGACAAGCUGGGCUUACACUCCCUGCGUCACCGUAACUGGUACAUCCAGGCCACCUGCGCCACCAGCGGCGACGGCCUCUACGAGGGUCUUGAUUGGCUGGCCAAUCAACUCAAGAACAAGAAGUAAGAAGAAAACUGGAACAAGCAGCCACAUCCGUCCAACUUUUUUAUUUGUUUUGGGGAAUGGGGGCGUAAGUUAGGUACAGGGGUUCUGAUCAAUAGGUGAGAAGCAAGAUUCUGGGUACUUUUGGGGGAGAUUUUAGGCUUUCAUUUUCAGUCUGUUGAGGUUCCUAAUAGUUUUCAGCGCUUAUUAAAAACAGAUUUACUUCAUAUUUAACCACACAAAUGCACACUAACCGUAAGCACUCACAGCAGACACUUGCUUUUCCUGUGUCCACCUCUUGUCCUUAGGUGCAAUGUACUGUAUGUUCGUCUCUAGGUGCUGUACCAAGUCAUGUGUGACUCCGCUGAGUCAGCAAUGAGUCCGAUAUGACUUACUUUUUGUUGAUAUAUGUCUUUCAUACAGAGAACUGUUCUGUGUCAGUUGCACUUCCUGUUUUUGUUUUGUAUUUUUUUUCCUAACGGAGCCAUGUUUUGGGAACAAUCACAGCUGGCAGAUUCAUGUCACCGUUUUAAUUUGUGAGCAAUGCUGAGGCCCUUUGAUACUCAGACCAAGUGUGUACAUGUGUGUGAGCGUGCUCACAUACUGUCAGUAUUAAUCAUGAAAAAGACAACAGGACGGAAGUUUCCCCUGUCACACGUCCUCUUACUGCCUCAUUUUGGAAACCUUUUGAUAUCUGUGGUGCGUUUCUACCCCCCGCGUGGCAACCCACAGCGUUGAAGCCGCCCUUUUUAAAUAUUUUAACAACGCGUUCUCGACCGCCUGAGCUGCAUGCAUCCUGGUAGAUCUUGCUGACAUUGUUGCAUAGUUUUCCAUCCUCGGAGCUGCAUGCAUGUUGACGCUGUUUGUAGGUUUUUGACCCCAUCGUGUUCUGGUGCUGUUUACAGUAGGAUGCAGAAACUAACCCAACCACCAACUUCUGCAUUUAGUUGUCAACAUGCGCUAAAUAUAGUAUAGUCAGCUUUAUGGUCUUUUUUAAUGUGAAAGCAGUAUACAAAACACAACACACAUGACCUGCUGCCUUCAUGUGUCCAUAUGAGUACUCAAACUGCAUCAGGUUGCUCUCGCUUCGUGUGUUUUUGUCUCGGACUUGCAUAUCGGGGGGAUGAUAACUUUGUGUUACUGAAUGUGAAUAUUGUUGAUGAAUCUAUAAAUGGCUGUAAUAUUUAUUUGACAUGCUAUAUUCCUUUUAUUUCGGUGAUAAUUAUGUGAAAGAAAGCAGGGUAAGCAGAUCAGUUCAAUCAUCAGCACAUCCACGAACUCGCUUCUGAACAGCAGACGAGUUCCUGCGUCACCACUGAUACCAGCAGAAUCCACAGACAAUAAAACAACUUCUUAUGUGCCAUACAUGGGUACUACUACUCAUACACCAGUGACAGUACAACACACUGUAAAUCCACUCCACCAGGUUAUGAGUGCUUUGUUCAAAUUCAGCAUAUACUGUAUGUUAAAUCAUUUGGGUUUUGUGGCCUUAUAUUUAGUGAUGACUUCUAAUUGAUUUCCUCUCAGCUCGUUUGUUUCUGAUUUCGAGUCACAUAUAUUUAUCUAUAAAGAAUGAUUUACAGAUGUAUUUCUCUAAGCCCUCAGAAGGCAGGUUUUUGCACCACAAUACAAGAUGAUCAGGCAAAGGUUUUGUCUUUUUGUUUACUUGAUUCAUAUUUGGUGGUAGAUUUCUUUGCUUUUUCUUUGGGGUGUAAAGAAACUUUGAUGUAGACUGUGUCUGUGAUAAACAAUGAGAAUCAGUAUGAACAAAAACAAACAAACAAACAAAAAAAACUUCUGAUGAUUCAUUCUGUACCGUUAUAGUUACACAAGUAGAUUUAAAAACGGUGAAGACCAUGUUUCAAUGCUGAAUGCAAGGGGACAUCUGUAUGUGAUGUAAGACAACAAACAAAAUCCUGCUGUAUUACAAAUAAACCCAUUUUCUGUA